AUGGCAGCCCCUCACCCAUGUAUUUCUUUUCCUCUGUCUUCUUAUCUUUCUUAUGCACGUUUAUCACCUUCUUUUGCUUUAUUUUCUUCUACCAUUUCUUCCCAACAAGACCCACAAUCUUUCAAACAAGCUGCCAAGGACCCUAAUUGGUGUAAAGCAAUGGAAACUGAAAUUGCGACCUUAAAACUCAACAACACCUGGGUCCUUACAGAUUUACCUCCUGGGAAGUCUCCAAUUGAUUGCAAAUAUGUGUAUAAAAGCAAAAAAUACAAUUUGAAUGGUACUCUUGAAAGGAAGAAAGUACGAUUAGUUGCUUGUGGUUUUACUCAGCAAGAGGAAGUGGAUUAUCAUGAAACUUUUUCUCCCAUUGCCAAAAUUGUUACAGUUCGCACUCUACUUGCCUUGGCUGCCAUUAAAGAAUGGCAUUUGCAUGUUGGUUUCAAGCAAUCCAAGGCUGAUUACAUCCUCUUUACUUGUCUAUCUGCUACUGGUUUCACAGCUCUCAUUGUCUAUGUCGAUGACAUAGUUUUUGCUAGUAGCUCCCUUACCUCCAUUUCCCCUCUCCGUAAUUUUUUAAACACCCAUUUCCGUAUCAAGGAUCUUGGUCCCCUACGGUAUUUCUUAGGCAUUGAAGUGGCUCAAUCUCCCAAAGGCAUUUUUCUCUGCCAAUGCAAAUACACACUAGAUAUUUUAGUCGAUACUGGUCAUCUUGCUUCCAAACCCCUUAAACUCCCUAUGGAUCAGAACCACAAAUUAUCAAAAUCCUCUAGCACCCUUUUGUCUGAUCCCACUCCUUAUCACCAACUCAUUGGUCGUUUGCUUUACCUUACCCUCACCACACCUGACAUUAGCUAUCCCAUUCAAGUCCUGAGUCAAUACAUGGAUCGCCCUUCAACUACUCACCUUGCUAUAACACACAAAGAGCUUCGCUACCUCAAGCAUGCUCUUGGUCAAGGGAUCCUCUUGUCUGCUACCUCUUACAUUCAGCUCAUUGGCUAUUCUGAUUUCGACUGGGCUUCUUGCUCAGACUCUCGCAGGUCCAUAACUGGUUUUUGUGUUUUUCUGGGGCAAUCUCUCAUUUCUUGGAGGUCAAAGAAGCAGACUGUGGUUUCCCAAUCCUCUACUAAGGUUGAAUACCGGGCCAUGGCCUCCGUUUCUACUAAACUCACUUGGCUAACAUUUAUUGACUAA